CGCCACGCACGCAGCGUCAAAUCAUUGCCGACCAUGGCGGAAUGUAGUGGAGUUGACAGCAACCCAAGUAGUCACACCAUGGAUAAAAGCAUUACUCUUCCACCAGACGAAAUAUUCCGCAAUUUGGAGAACGCAAAGCGCUUCGCAAUAGACAUAGGUGGAUCUCUGACCAAGCUAGCCUACUACUCUACUGUCCAACACAAAGUGGCCAAAGUGCGAUCUUUCGACCACACUGCAAAGGAGGCUGCCAGUGACAAGCUGUAUGAAAUCUCAGUGCAGGAGGAAGUCACUGCACGCCUGCAUUUCAUCAAGUUUGAAAAUGCUUACAUUGAAACGUGCUUGGACUUCAUCAAAGACCAUCUGGUCAACACUGAAACCAAAGUUAUCAAAGCCACAGGGGGAGGGGCACACAAGUUCAAAGAACUAAUCGAGAGGAAACUGGGUCUCAAAGUGGACAAAGAGGAUGAGAUGACUUGCCUCAUUAAGGGAUGUAAUUUUGUGCUGAAGAACAUACCCCAUGAGGCUUUUGUGUAUGCCAAGCACGCUGACUCCGAGUUCCGCUUUCAGACGACUAAUCCAGACAUCUUCCCGUACCUGCUUGUAAACAUUGGCUCUGGAGUGUCCAUAGUUAAGGUUGAAGCAGAAGACAAAUUUGAGCGAAUAGGAGGAAGUUCAAUAGGUGGAGGGACGUUCUGGGGCCUUGGAGCCUUGCUCACCAAAACAAAGAGAUUUGAUGAGUUGCUACAGUUGGCCUCUAAAGGGCAGCAUACAAGUGUCGAUAUGCUUGUUAAAGAUAUCUACGGAGGAUCUUAUGGGUGUUUGGGUUUGACUGGAGAUCUUAUUGCGAGCAGUUUUGGGAAAUCUGCAACUGCUGACAAAGAGUUUUCUAAAGAAGACAUGGCCAAGAGCUUACUACAUAUGAUCAGCAACGACAUCGGGCAGCUGGCCUGUCUGUAUGCCAAGCUCCACAACCUGUCAAGAGUGUACUUUGGAGGCUUCUUCAUUCGAGGACACCCUGUUACCAUGCACACAAUCACAUACAGCAUCAACUUCUUCACCAAGGGUGAAGUUCAGGCCUUGUUCCUGAGACAUGAAGGCUAUCUUGGAGCCAUUGGAGCAUUUCUUAAAGGAGCAGAGGAAGACAAUCCAAACCAGUACAGUUGGGGUGAGAAUUAUGCAGGAAGCUCAGGCCUGAUGAGCGUUUCUCCAGACAUGAAUCCCAUGCAGCGUGCUCGUAGUGGAACGUUUGACAUGCUGGAGAUGGACCGUCUGGAGAGGCAGCUGGUGAAUCUGCCUCUGCUGCAAGACCCUUCCUCUUACAUCCCUGACACUGUGGACCUCACAGAGGAUGCUCUGGCGCGUGAAUACUGGCUCUACUGUUUCGAAGAGGCCCUAGAUGGGGUGGUUAAGCGAGCUGUAGCGAGCCAACCUGACAUGCCGGAGGCAGCCUUGCGAGCUGAGAAGUUUCGUCAGAAAUAUAGACACAAGCUUCAGACCCUCCGCCACCAGCCAUUUGCUUAUGGAUCCCUCACUGUCAGAAGUCUCUUAGACACGAGGGAACACUGUUUAAACGAGUUCAACUUUCCUGAUCCCUACUCUAAGAUUAAACAGAGGGAGAAUGAUGCUGCUCUCAAGUACUACCAGAAGGCAGUGAAGUCCUUGGAGGAGUUGAGCUGGGAGGAGAGACAGUUUGCUCUGGUCAGAGGGGUCCUGGCGGGGAAUGUUUUUGACUGGGGAGCCAAAGCCGUGUCAGACGUCCUGGAAUCUGAUCCUGAGUUUGGGUUUGAGGAAGCUAAACGGCAGCUGGAAGAGCGGCCAUGGCUUGUUGAUUCCUAUGACCAGUGGCUUGAGAGAAUAAAGGGUCCUCCUCAUAAGUGUGCCUUGUUUUUCGUAGAUAAUAGUGGAGUGGACAUCAUUCUAGGGGUGAUGCCUUUUAUCAGAGAGCUUCUCUCUCGAGGAACAGAGGUUGUGUUAGCCAGCAACUCUGGUCCAGCGUUGAAUGACGUAACAAACGGGGAACUGCAAAUACUAACGGAAAGAAUUGCUGCUAUGGAUCCUGUGAUUCAGGCUGGUCUCAGGGAUGACAGGCUGACGUUGGUUCAAAGUGGUUCCAGCUCUCCCUGUCUGGAUCUAAGUCGCCUGGACAAAGUGCUGGCGAUGGUGGUGCGGGAGCGACAGACCGACCUGGUGAUCAUCGAGGGAAUGGGCCGAGCCAUACACACCAACUACUACGCCAUGCUGAGCUGCGAGAGCCUCAAGAUGGCCGUCAUCAAAAACUCAUGGCUGGCCGACCGCCUGGGAGGAAAGCUUUUCAGCGUGGUUUUCAAGUACGAGGUACCUGCUGGAAAACCCAGUCAGGACUGUGAAACGUUGACACCCUCAUGAGUGCGACAAAACUCACGUUUGAGUGAGACAGAACACCGAAGUUGAGCGACCAGGUGGGCUUAGUUGGAGGUCCGAAUGUAAAACGGCGAUCGUGUAACUGCCACUGAUCGAUUGAAUGAUUGUAACUUUGACUGUUAAAGUUUAGGUGAGUUUUUAAGGGUGAUCACUGAUAGGGAGAAUUCAUUUCUUAUUUUAAAACAAUUUUGAUUUCACUGUCGGUUUCAUGAACAAGCUUUUAGGAAAAUCUUUGCCCGAUCUCCAGUUCAAUCACUUAGUUUGCCUCAAUCGUUACUGCCAACUGAUGAGCUCAUUCACCACGCUGGCUAUGCUUUCAUGUUGAGUGAAGUCAUCGCUGGCUGCGUUCAGUAAACUUUAACAGAUGCGGUCUUCAGCCUGUAGAAAAACAAAUCAGAAACUAAGCUUUUAUUUUAAAAGCGUGCUUCAGUUGUUGACACUCUGCCAACACGACGCUGCACACAUAUGGGAAAAUAAGAGUGGCUGCUGUGUGUUUGUGUGUGGGAGAGAAGAAGAGCCACAGGAGUAAUUACAGCUUGCAGCGAUGAGACUUUUUACAUUCAGUAAAGGGUAUUUAAUGUGCCUUAAGGCUGAUGAUAUGAUGACGAGCAUCAUUCACUCAGAUUGCUUUGAAUUCCUUUAGAACACUACACUACUACACUGGUAUCUGCUUUCCAGCACCGUCAUGCCACAGACUUGAAAGAUUCCGUAGAUUUUUUUGUUUUUCAUUACUGCCAGAGAAUGUAUUGAGAUUAAGAAAUGAAUCAUUGUGUCCGUCACUUGUGUAGCUGUUGAAGUGGAAUCAGGGAAGACGUUUCAUCAGUGGGAGAAGCAGCACUUUAUCACCGCCAUUAAAGAAAUCGGGUCGUGUUCAUCCACAAGAUGGCAGUGUUCUACUGUGAUGCAGAUUUUUAAUAGUAUAUUCAAAUCUUUCCCAAGGUGCUUGGUGUCAAAAUUAACACUGCAUAUAUCAGGAUAAAUAUUCUUAGCAUCACAUGGAGCUACAAUGUCCCGAGCUGGCCAUGGCAUGAGUCCAUGUGUUCACUGUAGUUACCUGGCAUGUACAAAUCCACACUGUAAUCCAUAACUAAGUCACAAAUGCAAUUGUUUGAAGGCAAUAACACUGCGGCACCUAGUUGUAACAAAACAUCAAACGCUGUGUGAUUGUGAAGUGGCUGACUGUACUGGUAGCUUCAUCAUAAAUAUCUGAAUUCAAAGCAGGGUCAGAUUUCUAAAGCCUCGGUGUGACAGUAUUUCCCAAAGUUACGGUUGCUUCACUUGUGAACCCAUUGCAGUAUUGUAUUUUUCAUUUGUACAUUCACGUGAUGUGUGUGUGUGUGUAUAUAUAUAUAUGUAUAUAUAUAUACACAUAUAUAUAUAUAUACACACCGAUCAGGCAGAACAUUAUGACCACCUGACUAGUACUGUGUUAGUUCCCUUUAUGCUGCUAAAUCUCCUCUGACCCAGUGGGGCAUGGACACAGGAUGGUGGGAGGGAAUUCUGUGGGUCCUGUGAGCUGCAGGGUGGGACCUACCUAAAUCAGGCUUAUCCUGGUACAUCCCACAGAUGCUCGGUAAGAUUUAAAUUUGGGGAAUGUGGAACUCAGGUGAACACCUUAGCUCUGUCGUGUUCCUCAGGCCACUCCUGAGCAUUUUUUGCAGUGUGUGGGGUGCAUUGUCCUGCUGAGGGUGGCAAUUGGCAUCAAGGUCUGCUGUUGCCAUGGAGGGGGUGUUGCUUGACCUGCAAUGUUUAGGUGGGUGGUACAAACAUCCACAUGAUCAUCUUGUUAUAAUGCAGUGUUGUGCUGGGAAGCCCUCCGUCCUGACAUUCAUGUGAACGACACCGCUAAUCUGUUCAGCUGGGUUCCACACUCCCCAGAUCCAAAUGUAUUUAUUUUUUGGUUGUAUUUUUUUGGGCUUUUGUUGGCUUUAUUUGACAUGUUAGUAGAGAGUCAGACAGGAAAGCAGGGAGAAGAAUGUGGGGAAGACCUGCAGCAAAGCGUCGUGAGCUGGAAUCGAACCCAGGCCGCUGCGUCAGGCAUGAUAAGCCCUGUUUAUGGGGCGCCUUAGAUCCAAAUCUUAUUGAGUAUCUGUGAGAAGUCCCAGGAUAUCCUGAUCUAGGUAGAUCCCAUCCUGCAACCCACAGGAUUCAGUGCCACAGGACAGGUUCUGUGUCCAUGCCACACUGGAUCAGAGGAGUUUUAGCAGCAUAAAGGAGACCAACACGAUAUUAGGCAGGUGGUCAUACUGUUCUGCCUGAUCGGUGUGUGUAUACAUAAAUAUAUAUAUAUAUAUAUAUAUAUAUAUAUAUAUAUAUAUAUACAUAUAUAUACAUAUACAAUUCUAUUACAUCGCUACAUUUGAACCAAGCACAAUUUUGUGUAUUAUUCUCCUGACAAUCAAUUUUAAUUAAAUGGUGAAAAUCUUUAUUUUA